AUGUUGGCAAUUCUGAAGUCACUCACAUUGCUAGUCGCAAGGAUAGCCAACUCAACGCUACUAGUCCAGUGCGACAACAAGACUGUUGUAGCCUUCCUGAGGAACGAAGGUGGAACAAGAUCCCCUACUCUUUUGAAGUUCACAAAGCAAAUUUAUCAAAUUCUCUAUUCUCACAAAAUUUAUCUGAGAAUACAUCGUAUACCAGGAAAGUACAAAAGUCACGCAGAUCACCUAUCGCGUCACCGGACUCCGCCAGAAUGGCACCUUGUGCCUCAGUGUACGAACAAAAAAAAAAAAAAAAUAAAAAUCUUCGUGAAGUUCGGUGUUCCGGUGAUAAGCUUGUUUUCCUCGAUGUGUGCAAAAGUGGUAGCAAAUUAUGUGUCACUAGACCUGAAAGACCCUCAAGCUCUGUAUCACGAUACUUUCUCCCGAAAUUGGCAUUUCUCCCUAGCGAGGGUAUUUCCACCCCCAUUUCUGAUUCCGAAGGUCACACCUGAACUCGGCAGUCGGAAUGUAUCUCUUGAUAGUACCAAAAUGGGAGAAAGUAUUUUGGAGGCCGAAUUUGAAGGCCCGAGCUGUAGCACCUCCUCAUACAAUAAAAAAAGUUACACUUAUGCCCCAUCGAUGCGUAAGACCUACGAAUGCGCAUGGAAUAGGUGGAAUAAUUGGAAUAAACCCCGAGGUCUUAACCCCUUACAUCCUACUGGAGAAGUUUUAGCUCGAUUUCUGGUAGAUCCACAUGUUGUGGAAGAUGAGGCUAAUGUUUUUCAAUCGUGCAGACAUACAGCUCUAUUACUAAUUCUCUACUCUGGCAGAAGGAUUCAUGAUUUGACUCUUUUGGCAGCUGAUUCAAAACGUAUGCACCAAGGAAUAAAGGCUUCACCGGGCAGCCUACGUUCUGCAGUGGCGUCUAAAAGUUCGUCUAAAAACUGUCCUCUGGAUGAAAUUCUGUCUAAAGAGAAUUGGAGAUCUCUGAACACAUUUGCUCGUUUUUAUUGCAAAGAAGUGGUGCCACUAGAUAAAAAUCUCACAAUAUUCAAAGAGACUAAGAUAAACAGGUUAUUCCAUUCUUUUAGUAUAAGGCUAAUGUAUUUACUAUGUAAUCCAAAAUUAUAA